CAAUCCCACAACAACAUGAAUGUAAGGAAGAGGAGGGUCUCCUCCAGCAGGUCUGCCUCCCAGAGAGGAACUCCAGUCUUGAUCAGGAGGACCCAGGGCAUCCAGAGAUUAAAGAGGAACCAGAGGAACUCUACACCAGUCAAGAGGGAGAGCACCUUAUACUGAAAGAGGAGACUGAUACCUUUAUGGUGACUUCUACUUGUGAGGAAAGUGAACCAAACAGUGACCAGCUCCUUUCUCACAACUGUCCUGAACCAGAGAGCAGAGACGAGGAAGAAAGCAAUAUCCGUCCUCUGAGCUACUUUGAGGAUGUGACAGCAGCUGUGUCAGAGGUCAGAGAUAAACUACAGGACAUUCUGAGAGAGGAAUGGACAAACAUCUCACUGACAGUCACUGAAGUGGAUGUUUUACUGUCAGAUCCACCAGAGCCAAAGACCAGAGCUGGAUUCUUAAAAUAUUCAUGUGAAAUCACACUGGACCCAAACACAGCACACACACAGCUGUUAUUAUCAGAGGGGAACAGAAAAGCAUCAUAUGUGAAGCAUCAACAGUCUUAUUCUGAUCAUCAAGACAAAUUCACUGGAAUGUUUCAGGUCCUGAGUAAAGAGAGUCUGACUGGACGUUGUUACUGGGAGGUGGAGAGGAAAGGGAGAGUUAUUAUAGCAGUCGCAUACAAGAACAUUAGCAGAGCAUGGUGGAGGAAUGAAUGUGCCUUUGGGCGUAAUGACAAAUCUUGGGCAUUAGAUUGUUCCAAAAAUAGUUACACAUUUUGGUACAACAACAUCCAAACUCCUGUCUCAGGUCCUCGUUCCUCCAGAGUAGGAGUGUACCUGGAUCAUAGAGCAGGUAUUUUGUCCUUCUACAGCGUCACUAAAACCAUGACUCUCCUCCACAGAGUCCAGACCACAUUCACUCAGCCGCUCUAUGCUGGACUCUGGUUUUACCACAAUGUUGGAGACACUGCUGGGUUCAUUAAACUGAAAUAGACUGAAGUCUUUCAUAUUGUAGGUUAAAAUCUGCAUUUUAGUUUCCA